CUUCAGCCGCCGCUGGUCGGGAACUCUGCAGCCCGCAUAGCAAGUCACUCUCGAUGCUGCCCCGUCACCUCCAGAGCGCCGUUCGCACCAAUGCUCGGGCACGACUGGCUCUUGCGCAACGAUACGCGCUGACUCCCCGGUCAAGGAUGCUGUCUCCCUUGUCGGCAGCGCACAGAGCGGCAUUCCACUCGUCAUCACGUCGGCAGGACGAGUUGCCCAAGUCACCCUUCCAGACGUUCGUCGACGUCCUCAAGGACGAGCUGAAGAAGAAUCGUGAACUGCAGGAAAAUGUCAAGCAACUGCAGGGAGACGUGGACAAGCUCCAGGACUCGGAGGCGAUGAAGCGCGCAAGGGAGAUGUACGAACGGGCGAGGUUGACGUCCAGCAUCAAGGAGAACCCUCGGCUACGGGCUGCUGCUGAGGAACUCCGGAAGGCUGGUGUAAAGGUUGGAGACGCGGUCGGCGAAGCGUUGAGGUCCAUGGAAGAGUCGGAGCUCAUGCGCGCGAUUUCUCGAGCGUCGACAGCUGUCUCUUCCACCAUCGAAAAGACUACCGAACCGAUACGCAACACCGCCGCGUAUAAGGUCUUCUCUGACACUAUCGUCGAUGCUCUUGACGACAGUGGCUCCGCGAAGCACGCAGGGUUCGAGGAGAAGGAAGCUCGCAGAAAGCGGAGACAAAUGCGAUUGGCGAAGGCUGGCAUAGACGCCAUCUCCAAGGGCCGGGAACGCGUGAAAGCGAACCCGGAAGCCGGAUCCUCCCUCGUCUUGCACAAAGAUUCUCCACGGCAAGAAAAAUGGCAACGUCUGAAGGAGACGAACCCACUGCUCAUCAAACUGGGCGAGCUGAAGCAGCAGUUCGACGAGUCGGAGAACCCGUUCGUGACCAGUGUGCGGGGAAUCACGCAGACGAUCGGGGGCUGGUUCGAGGAGAACGAGACCGCGCAGGUGAUACGGAUGAUGAAGGCGAUGGACUCGACGUGGACUAUGGACGUAUUCGAGAAGGAGUUGAGGGAGUAUAUCAUCCCGGAAGUGGUGGAUGCGUACCUUAGCGCGGAUAGAGAGAGCUUGCAGAAGUGGUGUUCUGAGGCAACCUACAAUGUUCUCUGGGCAACUAUGGAACACUACCUCCGUCAAGGGCUCAUCUCGGACUCCAAGGUUCUGGAUAUCCGCCAAGUUGACGUGACGGCUGGCAAACUUCUCGAGUCCGCUACUGCACAAGCGGAACUGGUCCCGGUGUGGGUCGUAACGUUCGCAACGCAGGAAGUGAUGACCUUCCGGAAUGCGAAGACGGGUGAGAUUGUCGUUGGUGCCGAGGACAAGGUGGAACAAUGUCAUUACGCGGCGGUUAUCACGAGGGUGGAGGAAGACAUCGAGGAUGAGCUGACGGGCGGGUGGAAAGUCAUCGAAAUGGCGCGCAGGUCGGCACGGGCCUACCUUUAAGAUAUAUCGCCGUUCGCGUGAAAGUACACAUACAGCGACUAAUGCCUCCGGUAGAGGAUGGCGGUUCAUGCAACAUGUUUUCCCACCACCUGCAUAUCCCCUACUCAAUACAUAGCUCGAACACCAUCAUAAUGAAUUUGGAAAAUACCGCAUGACCGGAGACGUUUUCUACUUUAUAGGGCGUUCUUGACAGCAGGUUGAGAGACCAUGUCGGCGUCUUAGUGUCCGCUCACGACAAUGUCUGCCUAUCUGGCUAAUCGUUCCCUAUAAUAUGCUAGCAAAUCCGGUAUCACGAGAUAUCCAGCGGUCGUUCCGAGACGUCGAUGGGGGCAGCACGGCCACUCAAGACGACAGAGUAAUGAACUGUUGCAAUCCACGCGCGAGUUGAAGUCAAACGCGUGGCACAUGGUUCAUGGACGCGCGGGGAAUCGCCGGGGAGGUGGAUCGCGUCGAUCGACGACCGGUGCGUUAGCUUCUCCGCGACUUUCAUCAUCCCGCACGCAUACCGGCGAGUUCGGCCUUCGAGAUCGAGUCGGUCGUCGUGCAGGAUGAACCAGCUAAGGCCAGCACGCCGCCGGAAUAUUUCUCUUCUGGUUUGUCCACUAGCCCUACGCCGUUCCACCAAGCAUCCGCCCACUAACCCGCCUUCCGCUGUCUACAACCUGCAAACACGAUCCCUUCCGCCUUCCGCCCUCUGUGGGCUAUAAAGGCCGCGCCGCACUGGACGAAAUGCAUAAACUUUGUUUAACCUCGAUCUUUACCAGCUACCACUUCAAACCAAGCUUAUCCAGCUUCCACCAUCUCUCCAAACCUCACCAUGUCCUACACCAGAAAGUCUAUGGUUGUUGGUUUCGUGUUCCCCGUCCGCUCGGCGAAAGCUGAUCGUACCUCUGUGACUCUCUCUGCCUCUGUUACCUCUCUGGAACGCUCCGAAAUGCCUACGUCUGAUUGUUGGAACGACUUCCUCAGCAACAACAAGGGCGGCUCCCAGGUUCAGCUCGUCAGCAACGUCAAGAUCUCGAGCCAGGUAGGGGCCGCGAUCUUUAAGAAGAAGCAUGUCGCGAACCGGUCGUCCGCCUUCAUCGUCGACUCGUCCUCUACUUUGUCCGCGGAAUGUCUGGCUGCUAUCAUCGAGGAGUCACCUGCGCUCUCUGAGGAAUCCCCUUCCCCGAUCUUCGACGAGCUGCCGCACAACGAGGAGGACUCGCCUGCUACCUCCUUCCAGGAAUCGCCGUCUUGCGACUCGGCUUCCAUCUACUCUGUCGACUCCGCCGUCCGCAACGCCGACCUGAACAACUCUAUCCUGGACUCCCUCUUGGAGUCUGUCUCCACCAAGUUCCCCGACCUGACGCCCUUCCCUGCCUUCGACGAGGAGCGUCCCACCUUUGCUGAGGCGCCCCUUUCCAUGGUCGACCCCGUCAUCGUCCCGGAGGCCGUUCCAACGAACCUGACCGCCCGGUUCGGGCCGCGCUCUGAGCAAGGCCUUCGCAGGGUAGGCAACAUCCGCCACGAAGAGGUCCAUGACGAGGAAGAUUACGUGGUCAACUACGAUCAAGACAUCGUCCUGGACGCUCGCCCGUCAAAGCUGAAGCGUCACGGCGCUGUUCGUCGCCCCGGCGGCCGCAAGUGCUACCCCAUGCGCGAGCUUCUGAACAAGCUUUAUCCCAUUCGCAUGCGCUGGUUCUUCGUCUUUCUCCAGAAAUGACCAUCGCCUGCCCCCCCAAUGUUCCAAAUGUCUUUUUCAGCACUCCAUCGCCUCCAUACUUCCAGGCCAGCCCCAGUUUCGCCAGGUCUCAUUUCUCUACGGUCCCGGAUUCCUCAUCUCAUCAUCGUCUCGGAUUUUGGAUUUCUCUGGAAAAAGUACACUUCGACGACGGGUCUGCUCAACUUCGGUUUUCAGCGCCACCUCCAGCUUCCCCUGGUCCGCGCUUUUUCCCCUCGCCCUGCCUCCACAGGUCACCGAGAGCGGCUUCUUCUCGCGUCGCUGUUGCGAUCGCACCUGGACCUCUCUGGCUCAAUAGCCCGACGCGUCCGCCCUUCGGGGCACC